CCAACGUGCGCGUACCCUUACGCUGGGGUCACGUUGACCGCGAGAGUCGUGCACGAGCGGCGCCGUCUGGCAUCUUGCACGGGGAUCAAUUGUCAAAUAUAUUUUGUAAACUGGCAAAGAGUGAUACGUUUUGUAAGGAAACGUUGACUUAACGAAAAAGGUUUUCCUUUAAAACUGGGUGGGACGACUCAAGAUGCUGAAUUGCUAGAAGGGUCUUGAACUUGAAGGUGGAUAGUGAGUUUUUUUCCCCCCGGUUAUUGGACUUCAGGAGCAUGGCCGCGGAGGUGAACGGCAAUUCGGCUCCAGUCAAGGAGGACGAGGAGCCGAUGGACAUCACAGUAACACACACAGAGAACUACCAAACGCUGAUCGAUGCAGGACUCCCCCAGAAAGUUGCGGCAAGUCUUGACAAUAUCUUUCAAACAGGGCUGGUGGCCUACGCUGACCUGGAUGAAAGGGCCAUUGAUGCUCUGAGAGAGUUCAACGAGGAAGGAGCCCUGUCGGUGCUCCAGCAGUUUAAAGAGAGCGAUCUGUCCCAUGUGCAGAACAAGAGUGCGUUUCUGUGUGGUGUUAUGAAAACAUACAGACAGCGAGAAAAGCAGGGCAGCAAAGUCCAAGAAUCCAUGAAAGGCCCAGAUGAAGCCAAAAUAAAGGGUCUCCUUGAGAGAACAGGAUACACUUUGGAUGUUACCACAGGACAAAGGAAGUAUGGAGGGCCACCACCAGAGGAGGUAUACUCUGGGCCCCAGCCUGCAAUUGGCACAGAGGUAUUUGUGGGAAAGAUUCCCCGGGAUUUGUAUGAGGAUGAGCUGGUUCCACUCUUUGAGAAAGCGGGCUCCAUAUGGGAUCUGCGGUUGAUGAUGGACCCGCUCUCCGGUCAGAACCGAGGAUAUGCCUUCAUUACAUUCUGCAAUAAGGAUGCUGCUCUAGAGGCUGUAAAGUUGUGCGAUAAUUAUGAAAUCCGGUCGGGUAAAUAUCUUGGUGUUUGCAUCUCUGUCGCAAACAAUCGGUUAUUUGUUGGGUCAAUCCCCAAGAACAAGACCAGAGAAAGCAUUUUGGAAGAUUUCAGCAAAGUAACAGAGGGCCUCACUGAGGUGAUCCUUUACCAUCAGCCAGAUGACAAAAAAAAGAACAGAGGUUUCUGUUUCUUGGAGUAUGAGGACCAUAAAUCUGCCGCACAGGCCAGGCGCAGGCUCAUGAGUGGGAAAGUAAAGGUGUGGGGUAAUCCAGUGACUGUAGAGUGGGCCGAUCCAGUGGAGGAGCCUGACCCAGACAUCAUGGCAAAGGUGAAGGUGCUGUUUGUGAGGAACCUCGCCACACCAGUGACGGAGGAGCUCCUUGAGGAGACAUUUUCACAGUUUGGGAAGCUGGAGCGGGUGAAGAAGCUGAAGGAUUAUGCCUUUGUUCACUUUGAGGACCGAGAUGCUGCUGUUAAGGCCAUGCAGGAGAUGAAUGGGAAAGAGCUGGAGGGUGAGGAGAUUGAGAUUGUUCUGGCAAAGCCUCCUGAUAAGAAGAGGAAAGAGAGGCAGGCACAGCGACAGACCACCAGGCCAACGGGGUACGAUGAUUAUUACUACUACCCUCCUCCACGCAUGCCCCCUCCAAUGCGUGGGCGGGGCCGUGGAGGCCGAGGCAACUAUGCCUACCCACCCGAUUACUACGGUUAUGACGACUACUAUGAUGACUACUAUGGGUAUGAUUACCAUGACUACAGAGGCGGCUAUGAGGACCCAUAUUAUGGCUACGAUGAUGGCUAUGUUGUAAGAGGGAGGGGUGGUCGGGGGGCCCGGGGGGCCCCGCCCCCACCCAGGGGUCGUGGGGUCCCACCUCCACGAGGCCGAGGGGGCUACUCCCAGAGAGGGGCUCCAAUGGGUGUGUCCAGGGGGAGCCGAGGAGGCCGAGGGGGGCCCCUGCCGCAGCAGAGGGGCCGCGGGCCUCGAGGGACCAGGGGGAAUCGCGGGGGCAACGUGGGCGGCAAGCGGAAGGCCGACGGCUACAACCAGCCCGACUCCAAACGCCGGCAGACCAACAACCAGCAGAACUGGGGCUCCCAACCCAUCGCUCAGCAACCCCUGCAGCAAGGUGGCGACUAUUCUGGUAACUAUGGUUACAAUAAUGACAACCAGGAGUUUUACCAAGAUUCUUAUGGGCAACAAUGGAAGUAGCGGAUUGGCAAAGCUAAAGGAGUUUUAAGAGGAGAUUAGGAACAUCGAUUGAUUGGCUUUCAAUCCUUCACCCUUUACAAUCAAAUUAUAGGACAAAGGAAAAUUCUCAUUCAACAUAAAAAUUGGCUUAACCAUACUUUCUGAAAUAUGUAUUCAUUGCACCAUCACUAUGGAUAUAAGUGUAAAUACACAAGCUUUCUGAAUAUGUUUUGAUCCUUUUUUUUGUUUUUGCUUGUGGUUACUUGGGACAUUUCUGGCUUUAAAUUCAUGAAAACGCUUCUUUAAUUUUCAAAACGUUUUAUUUAAUUUUUUGUUGGUUUGUGUUUUUUUAAGCCAACAUCUGACAUUUUUAAAAGGUGGACUAUCGUUGAGAAAAAAAAAAAAACCUGAGAGCAUCCAAAUCAUGAGACCCUUUCACAAAAGUGACUGUCCACCGCCCCCCACCCCUCACUACCUUGGACUUUUUAAUUUCAGAUUUCUAGUAGGUCAUCAUAGGAAUUUGCUUGUAUAUAAAGGCUUUUAAGUGAGACUUUUAUUUACAGUUGUGUUGCAGAACAAAAAAAAAAAAGUAUCCGCAGACAAGAGGAAGAAUCCCGUUUUCUUCUUGUACUGGGAUGGUAACGCUAAAAGUGUAUGUUUAGCAUUUGUAGAGCUAGGCAAUAUGUGUUUUUUCUAAAACUGUUUCAAGCUAUUUCAAGCAUUUCUCUCUCAAAUUUGCCCUUUUAGACAAUGGGUCUGGCUUACUAGCCAAGGCAGUUUGUUCUUUGAUGUGUUUGUAUUUAUAACUUGUUCUUGUUACAUUUCAAUAAAACUCAACCAUACAUCAUUCAAUUACCAA